UUGUUGUUGAAAAUUACAUUAACUAAUUGUUCAAACUAAAGUGCAAUAGCUAGAGUCAAUUUCUGACUUAACAAUCUCAUCAAUCAAUUAUCUGAUAGAAUGUCUACAAUGAUAAUUCUUAGUAAGAGUUUUUCUUCUAUUGUUCUGUCGAUUGUCUUAGGAUUAUGGUGAUUAUCCUCAUCACUAAUAAAAACAUAAUCACCAUCAUCUGGAGUCGUGUAAUUAAGUGCACUAGAUUUAAUCAAUUUCAUCAUCUACCUUUACACGCCUUCCACAAGAGGUAGUUUUUAGCUUACUGUCCUUCAUUGUUUCAUUAAGUGGAAACUUUGUCACCUCUUGAUGGAGAGAAUCAAUGUUGGUUUUUGAAGACUGUAAGAGACAGCGCCUUAGCACUGUUAUUUGCUUCACAUUCUGCUUGCAAAAGUAUUGAGGCCUUAGUAUGCAAGUUGAACGAGGCUCUUUAUAGCCUCAAACAAACUCCAACAGCUUGGUUUGAAAGGCUCAAAACUGCUGGUAAAUGUGAUCCUAGUCUCUUAAUUAUCAGAACAACAUCCUUAACUAUCCUAUUAAUAUUGUAGUUCAUGAUAAAUCUAACUGCUAAUUUGCUGCUGGAAUUGGUUAUAGAUAUUUUAAUAAUUUGCUGCUAAUUUGUCAACAUUGUUGUAAUUUAUCUUUCAAUAACCUUAUCAUUAUACUACAUAAAAUAUUAUAUGAUUUAAAAUAAUUAAGAUAUCAGUAUUCGAGAUUGUAGAACGUGCCAAGCAAGAUGAUACUACUUAAUUCCUAUUACUUAAUCCUUACUAGGACCACACUUGCCACUUCUCUCGUAGACUGUGUUCACAGCAUGUGCCAAGCAAGAGUGACAAUAUUAUAGACUACUCCACACUUUUGUUUUAGACCGGUUUAUUACUUUAUUGCAUUUACUAAUCAAUCUCUAACUUCCUCUCUUCCUGUCUAAUCUAAUCUUCUCGAUCUUGAUCAUGGCGGUGGUUGCUGUUGGUGAAGCAUUUCUCUCCGCUUUCAUUGAAGUUGUCAUCGACAGGCUUGCUUCUCCUGAGGUUGUUGACUUGAUCCGUGGGAAGAAACUUGACGUCAAUUUGGUUCAACGGUUGAAGAACACUCUUUACGCUGUUGAAGCCGUGCUUAACGAUGCUGAACAGAAGCAGAUUCAUGACUCUGCUGUUAACAACUGGCUUGAUGAUCUCAAAGAUGCUCUCUAUGUUGCUGAUGACAUUCUCGACCACAUCUUCACCAAAUCUGCUCUUUCCAAGAAGAACAAGCAGGUGAGUACUGUUGACUACUUUUCUCGCUUUUUCAACUUUGAAGAAAGGGAUAUGGUUCGUAAGCUGGAAGAUAUAGUUGCCAGACUUGAAUCCAUUCUCAAACUUAAAGAUAUUCUUGGUCUUCAACUUAUUGCAACUCAUCACUCAUCCUGGAGAACUCCAUCUACCUCUUUAGAAGACAGAUCUGUCAUUUUUGGUAGGGAUCAAGACAAACAGGCCAUACUCAAAUUAAUCUUACAUGAUGAUGAUGAUAACACUGGUGUGAUCCCCAUUGUUGGCAUGGGUGGCCUUGGAAAAACAACUUUAGCCCAAUUUGUGUACAACCAUGACAGUAUAAAGAGCAAAUUUGAUAUUCAAGCAUGGGUUUGUGUUUCUGAUGAUUUCGAUGUUUUGAAGGUUACAAAGUUCAUCGCGGAGGAAGUGGGAAGUGCUUGUAACACAAAUAACUUGAAUAUCCUUCAUCGAGAUUUGAAGGAAAAGCUGACCGGAAAGAGGUUCUUAAUUGUUUUGGAUGAUGUCUGGACCGAGGAUGACGACUCUUGGAAUUCUCUUAUAAAGCCUCUUCAAUAUGGAACUAUGGGAAGUAAAAUUCUUGUAACUACCCGUAUUGAUAAAGUUGCUUCUAUGGUCCAAACAAUUCAACCUUACUCUCUUCACCAAUUGUCUGACGAAGAUUGUUGGUCAGUGUUUGCAAACAAUGCUUCCCUUUCUCCAGAUGAAUCCAGUGAGGAUAUGGAUCUCCAAAACAUUGGCAAAGAGAUUGUUAGAAAAUGUAAGGGAUUGCCUUUAGCAGCACAGUCACUUGGGCGCUUGUUGCGAGAAAAACGUGACAUCAGGGAUUGGAAUAGUAUACUGAAUAAUAAUAUUUGGGAGAAUAAGAGUAAGAUCAUUCCAGCAUUGAGAAUUAGUUAUCAUUAUCUCCCUCCAUAUUUAAAGCGUUGCUUUGUAUAUUGUUCAUUGUUUCCCAAAGAUUAUAAAUUUGAUAAAGAUGAAUUGAUCUUGUUGUGGAUGGCGGAGGAUCUUUUACAUCCUUCAGAAAAUAACAAGACUUUAGAAGAAGUCGGUUAUGGGUAUUUUAAUGACUUAGUUUCCAAAUCAUUUUUUCAACAUUCUGACAAUGGGAACUUCAAACAACAUUUUGUAAUGCAUGAUCUUGUGCAUGAUUUGGCAACAUGGCUUGGUGGAGAAUUCUAUUUUAGAACAGAAGUAAUUGGGAAAGAUACGAAGAUUGGUACCAAGACUCGUCAUUUGUCAUUUUCCAAGUUCAGUGAUCCAGUCUCGACAAACUUUGACAUUUUCGGCAGUAUAAAAUGUCUAAGAACAAUCUCGCCAAUCUAUUUAUGGAAUGAUCCAUUCAACAAAGAAAAAGCGUCAUGCUUCAUUUUGUCAAAUUUGAAGUACUUGAGAGUUUUGAAAUUUGGCAACUUUGAAGGUCUUGAUGCAUUUCUUGAUUCAAUAGAUGAACUAAUCCAUUUGCGUUAUUUGGAUCUCUCUUACACAUCUAUAAAAAUGUUACCUGAAUCAUUAUGUAACCUGUAUAAUCUACAAACUUUAAAGUUGCACGGUUGUAACAAUCUAACAAGGCUUCCCAAUGACAUGCAAAAUCUUGUAAAUUUGCGCCAUCUGGAAAUUUGGGGAACUAAUUUAAAAGAGAUGCCUAGAGAAAUGAGCAAAUUGAUUAAUUUACAACAAUUGAGUUGCUUUGUCGUGGGAACGCAUGAAGAGAAAGGGAUCAAGGAAUUGGGAACACUUUCGAAUCUUCACGGAUUACUUUCAAUUAUGAAGUUAGAGAACGUGACCAACAGCUUUGAAGCAUCACAGGCAAAAAUGAUGGAUAAAAAGUACCUUGAUAAAUUAUCAUUUGUAUGGUCUGAAGAUGCAAAGAACCAUUUUACAAGUUCACAAAGUGAGAUGGAUAUACUUGGAAAGUUACAACCUUCCAAGAACCUGAAAAUGCUAGUUAUUGAUGGGUACAGGGGCACACUAUUUCCAGAAUGGGUUGGACAUUCUUCCUACCAAAAUUUGACUCAGGUAUCUUUGUAUGGUUGUUUGAAUUGUUGUAUCCUUCCAUCACUCGGACAAUUAUACUCUCUCAAGGACUUGACACUCAGUGAAAUGAAUAUGCUGGAGACUAUUGGAACUGAAUAUGAGGAUACCUUUUCAGGGACAUACUUUCCUUCCCUUGAAUGUCUGCAGUUUGUCAAGAUGUCAUGUUGGAAAGUGUGGCAUCAUCCCCCCGAGUCAAAUGCUUAUUUUCCAGUAUUGAAGUAUAUUGAGAUUAAUGAUUGUCCCAUAUUACAUGGGGAUUUGCCAUCUUAUCUUCCUGCUUUGGAAACAAUUCAUAUUGAAGGAUGCAACCAGCUUGUUUCUUCUCUCCCAAGGGCUCCUGCCAUCCGCAGAUUAUACAUAUUUGAAAGCAAUAAUAUAGCCUUGAAUGAGCUACCCCUUUCAUUGGAAGAGUUAGAUGUUGGAGGAAGUGAGGUGACAGAGUCUGUCUUUGAAGCCAUUACCAUCACCCCACCAAUUUCUCUUAAAAUAUUAGCCAUCAAGGAUUGUUCUUCUGCGAUAUCGUUUCCAAGAGAUUGUUUACCCUUAUCCUUAGAGAGUUUGUCCAUCACAAAUUCUAAUAAUCUAGAUUUCCCAAAGCAAAAUCACGUGCAUGAGUCACUUAAGUAUCUUCGUAUAGAUAGGAGUUGUGAUACUCUCAUAACCCUCCCACUGGAUACCAUUCCCAACCUUCAUCAUCUGCAUAUCCAGAAUUGUGAAAACUUAGAAUGUCUUUCUGUUUCAAAGUCUCUUCAAAAUCUCGUUGAGGUUGAAAUUAUUGGCUGCCCCAAAUUUGUAUCAUUCCCAAGAGAAGGACUGUCUGCACCCAACUUGACAUCAUUGUAUGUCUCCAACUGUGUCAACUUAAAAUCACUGCCUUGUCAUAUAAAUACUCUUCUCCCAAAGUUAGUAAGAGUGAGUAUACAUGAUUGUCCAAAAUUGGAGACGUUUCCUGAAGGGGGUAUGCCGGCUAGCUUUAGAACAAUUUUGAUUGGGAAUUGCGAAAAAUUACUGAUGAGCUCAUCUCUAACUUCAGUGAACAUGCUUACCAGUCUUUCCAUUCAUGGUCCAUGUGAUGGUGUCGAGUACUUUCCAAAGAAGGGUUUUGCAUUGCUGCCUCCCUCCCUUACCUACCUGCGGAUAUAUAACUGUUCAAGUUUGCACACGUUGGAUUGCACGAGGCUUCUCCACCUCACUUCCCUGCAAACAUUAACAAUUUUAUGCUGUCCCAAGCUGGAGAAUAUAGUGGGAGAAAGGCUGCCUGCUUCUCUAAUAGAACUUAAAAUCUCUGCAUGUCCUUUGCUGAAAGAACAGUGCCGCGUGAAAUACCCACAAAUUUCCCACAUCCCUGGCAUUACAGUUGAUGGAAAAUGGAUUUAGUAAGCUUGAAGUUGGUUUGCAGUUUGUUGGACACUCCAUCAAUUAAACUGCAGAGUCAAAGCAAACAUUUUAUUUCACAUUCUCAGACAUUGAAGCAGCUUACUCCCAUGUUAAUUAUGCAUGGAAUAUCAAUCAAUCAUGGCUUUGGUUUGUACAAUCAAGUCCCUUGCCAACCGGAGAGAUCCCUUUGCUAGAUUUAAUUGAAAUGUAAAUGGCUCAACAUAAAUGGGAAACUCUGAAAUAUGCUAUUCAAAUGGUGUAUCUUCUGCCAUGUUGGGACUUAUUUCCUUGAGCUCAAGUGGGUAUAUCAGGACCACAUUUCACAUGUGAGGCCUGGGUCUGCAUUUUUUCAGUUGAUACUUUAUUAUGUGCAUAUUGUGUGUAAGCACCAGAUAAUGUAUUAAUUUGUUUCUCAUUUUGACACAUUUGAUGAACCACUUUCUGCUUGGGUUUCUCUGAUUUUUUAAAUGCAUUAUAUGACUUUUUGUUAUUCAGGUACAUUGAGAUUGGCUUAUACCAGUUAGAUUCUAACAAUUUAGAAAAGAAACCCCCAUUCAGAACUUGUUUUAUAAUUUUAAGCUUGUUUUUAAACUUUGUAAUGAAUGAUCAGGCUGAAAAAAGGGAUGUUAGCACAGCUCUAUCUGUCAUUCAAUCCAACACAUCAGCUGCAACAUUCUUGGCCUCAGUUUCUUUGACUCUUUCUUCUCUAAACCUCGUGCCAGACCCUCCCUCUUCUCUUUCUUCAUUUUCAAAUUUUUUUUACUGAAUGACUUAUAAUGUUAUUUACUGAAUGAAUUAUAAUGUUCGGUGUAGGGGAUCUUAGUAGCACAAGUUUCUCAAACAAAUUAGGCAUCAUUGAUAACAACUUACAAUUUUGAGUAAUUGUUCUUGGUUUUGUUUAUGCUAAAUCUAUUUCCAUAAACAUCAUCAUGUGUUUUUUUAUUCUUUAGUCCCUUGUUAGUAUUGCAUUUUUACUUGGUAUCUUUAAUUGAAUCUCCAAUUAAAUAAUAAAUGGCAUAUUAACAUCAUAUGAAAUGUCAUUUUUGGAAACAUCAUAUGUUUAAUUUCCAGUUUUAAUUUGGGAAAAUGUUGUGAAAAUUCCAUUUACCCUUUCCCACUUUCAAACCAGAUCAGUUUAGAUGAAAAUAUCAAAACUGAAGGUCUCGUGAAGUAACAAACCAGAUCAUUAGACUGUUGUGAAAACGAACAGUCAGAUGCAAAAACGUGGGAGAAAAUUCGGGAUGUAAAAGCUUAGUCAAAUUUCAUUGUUCAAGGUUCACAACAUGCUCAAUAAUACCAAGCCUGACUCAAAUCGACUCGGUUAGGCUGCGCGUGGUAUAAAUUAUUGAUAUCACUUCCUCUGUUUACAUAAUUUAUAUACCCUUUAGAAGAUUCUCUAAGCAAAAUUUGUAUGUUAUUUUUGUAUAACUAUUUAUACAAUUUGUUGGAAUUCAAGUGUGAGUGCAUAAAGUCUCAUGUCGACUU